AUGGGAUUGAUCCAAAAGACAAGACAGUUGAAAGAUGUCAAGGGCGGUAUAACCUUUGCUCCUCCCUCCGCUCCCUCAGGCUACCUUGCCGACCUUCUACCCAGCCUCGACACUGUUGCAUUCAUUCUCGCCGCCCUGACUGCUGGUGGCGGUACUACCGGCUACGUUAGAACUGGCUCUGUUCCCUCCAUCGCUGCCGGUGUCUCUGUCGGCGCCCUUUACGCUCUCGGUGGCUACCGCAUCUCCAACCGUCAACCCUACGGUGUCGAGCUGGCCCUGCUGGCCAGUGUCGUUCUCGCCGGAAGCAGUAUCCCCAGAGCCAUGAAGUCUGGAAAGCCCCUUCCCAUCGGCCUGAGUCUUCUUGCUGCCUAUGGUCUCUACAGCUUUGGCUCUGCUUGGUCUUCCAGAAUCCGUUAA